CCGAAGCGGGGUCUCAUUUCUCUGAACAAAAUUGCAGUGCCGGGACUUCUUCCUCUAUAUAAUUCCUCUUGUUUUCUCCCUAACAUCAUCGACACCUUUAGUUUAGCUUCAGAACGAAGCUCCUCCAACAAUGACGAAGUUUUCACUCCUACCCAUCAUUGCUUUUCUCACAGUAGCACUGGAGGCUACACAUGAAGCCUUACUACCUCCUGAACUUUAUUGGAAGUCCAUGCUUCCCACUACUCCCAUGCCUAAAUCCAUCACUGAUCUCCUCCAUCCAAGUGGUGGCGGUACCAUCGUCCACAGUGGGAUCAACGUCAAACUUCGCAGCCAACCGCGGUUCGCCACUUACAUGAAAAAUUAUGGUAGAAGUUAUGGAACAAGGCACACCACCAUACAAGAUGAUAAGUCCAAUGCAAAUUUCUUUUUCUUGGAAAAGGACUUGAAGCCUGGUCACAAAAUGAACAUGCCCUUCUUCUUUCAGACCUCCAAUCAAGACUCCACCUUCCUGCCUCGUGAAGUUGUGAAAUCCAUUCCCUUUUCUUCAAGCAAGAUGGCUGUAAUAUUGAAAAAGUUUGCGGUGAAAGUCGGGUCAGCAUAUGCCGAGGUUUUGAAGAAUACAAUUGAAGAGUGUGAGAGGUCAGAGAUGAAAGGAGAGGAGAAGUACUGUGCAACUUCAUUGGAAUCCAUGGUUGAUUUUAGUAUUUUCAAGCUCGGGAAAAGCGUAAAAGCUCUAUCUUUGGAGGUGAUGAAUGCUGUAACAAUGGAGGAGGAAGAAUACACCAUAUCACAGGGAGUGAAGAAGGUGGCAGAGGCCAAAGUGGUGGUCUACCACAAGCUUGAUUAUGUGUAUGCUGUGUUUUACUGUCACAACAUAAAGAACACGGAUGAGUAUAUGGUGCCGCUGGAGGGAGCUCUUGGGAGCCGAAUGAAAGCUGUGAGUGUCUGUCACAAAGAUACGUCGCAAUGGAACCCAAAACAUAUCGCCUUCCAAAUGUUAAAAGUGAAGCCAGGGAGUGUUCCUUUGUGUCACUUUCUUUUGCCAGUUGCUGUUGUGUGGGUACCCUAACAAAACUAGGAAAAAUUGACCACAAGGAUCAAGAAGUCCAAAUAUUUGGGGAUGAGUCUCAAAUGCAGAAAUAAAGUUUGCAGAGGGCCAUGAUCCAUGAGCGACAAUAUUUUUUUAGAUAUAAUAACAUAAUAUCCUUCCUUUUUCUGCACUGAUUGGUCGAAGUCAUUCAUGAAUCGUCAAUAAUAAUCAAAACCAUGGACCCGAUCGAGUGCAGAAAAAGAAAACGUAUUUUGAUAUUUUUGCUGAAGAACAUAUUAUCUUUCAAGGAUCAUGAUUUCUUGAAGACUUUAUUUCUAGGUUUGGGAUUUAUGCUCAAAUAUUUAAGUUUCUUGGUUUUUGUGGCCAAUUUUCUCCCCACAAAACUGAGAAAGAAUUUUAGUACUGCUACGCCUUGUUACAUGCACAUAUAAAUAAAAGCAAGGUUA